AUGAGAAUCGCCAAUAUUCUGCUCCUGGGGGGAGCAUCUUUGAUUGUUGCCGCCCCUGCCGGCAUUGUGAAUGAAGGAAAACGCGAAGCCAGCAUUUCUUUCCUCGAGUCUACACAUUACAAGAAGUCUCCCGACGCCGAGGCAGAAGCGGCGCCUGCUAUCGAGUUCCUUGACUCCGUUCACUACAAGAGAACCCCCGAAGCCGAGGCUGCGGCCAAACCUGCAAUCAAUUUUUUGGAGUCUGUCCAUUACAAGAAAGGGGCAGAGCCUGCAGCUGAGCCUGCGAUCGAGUUUUUGGAUUCUGUCCAUUACUAG